UUUAACGACGAAGCUUUCUUGCUUUCUUGCCUUUCGCUUGUAAAUCUGAAUCUGAAUCUGAAUCUCAAUUUGUUGCAUCUGGAAAACCCGGCAACCUGGUCUGGUAAUUCAACGGUAACCUCUGUGGAAAGUAAUCGUAGUUGAUUGUGAAAAUGCAUUCAGAAGUUCGAAGUAGCAUCCAUAUAAUGACAGCCAACAAACCGUCAACCAAAGUAGAGCGUCAUAAAACCACAAAAAAGGCAACAAAUUUUCAGGACUCUAUCAAAAGCACUACUGGUUCUUCGACUACAAAUGAUUUCCUGAGAAAAGGUGGAAUAUUGCCACCUGUGCUCCCGGCAGCAGAAAGAUUCUGCUCCAAAAUCUGUUCUCCACAAGAAUCCAAAACUAACACAAGAAAACAAAUAAGGCAUCAAAAUUCAAACAGACAGCCCCCAAGGAGGGCAGCUUCAGUUGUAUCGCAUACCAAAAAGUUGGACAGCCCAAUAUGUAAUGAGUCAAAUAUUCAUUCAGAUUUAGAAGUUCAUCAUCAAAGUUCUUGCCAUCUGGAAAAGAAAGUAGAACAUCUAAGCGAUAAGAUUUCUAGAGUGCAAGACAUAAUUCUCAGUCAAAUGAUGGCAGACUCAAAUAUGAAACAGGACACAACUAAGAAUGUUGCUAGCUUCUCAGCUCGUGAUUACAAACUAUUGGUUCUGGAAAUGAAUGGCAAUGUUCCUUUGAAGCCUUAUGAUCCGAAUGAUUUCUCAGAAAAAGAGGAACGCAGUUUAACCGAUUCUGCCCCGAGAGGCUGUCUGGCUGGCACUCAGACUACCAGUAAGUCUGCUAUGCUACUGGAAAUACACAACGAACUGAAUACGUGGAGGGCAGCUCAGAGGCAUGCUUCACAUGAGCAGAUGUAAAGGUUUGUCAAACUCACAGUGCUUCCCCUCACUUCUUGUGCGAAGAGCUGCAUACACACCGUUACAAUGGGUGGAAGUCCCACGAGCGGCGCGUGACGCACGGUGUAUGUCCAGCGCUCUGGCAAGUUCUACAUGCGCCCGCGAGAUGGCGUGGCGGUGAUCUCCAGCAGUUUUCCUCUCCGCGUUUGAAAUUGAAAGUCGAGCUGCUUGUGGAAAUAAAAAUUGGUGACUAGACUCUAA